AAGACUUAAAUGAUGAUGAUAAUAAUAAUUUAGAAGAAGGCUCAGAUAAUUUAAAUAAUAGAUUUGAAGAUUUAUUUGAAAUAGAUGAUUCUGAAGAUAGUAAUGAAAGCUCUAAUAGUGAUUUUGAUAAUGAUUCUAAUAAUAAUUCUGAUAGUAAUUUUGAAAAUGAUUUUGAUUACAAUUCUGAUGAUAAUGCUGAUAGUAAUUUUAAAAAUGAUUUUAAUAAAAAAUUAGAUAAUAAUUUAGAUAUUAGUUUGAAUAAUAUUUUAAUAGAUAAUUCAGAAAAUGAAGAUAAUGAAUUAGAUAGUGAAUUACAAGAAAUAAGAAAUAAUUUUACUCAAUAUCUUGAAAAUGAAGAAAUUUUUGAAAAAAGCAAUAAUGAAGAACUUGAAAAAAAUAAUACUGAAUAUUUUGAAAAAAAUAAUAUAAAGGAUUUUGAAGAAGAAAAUUUUGAAACCAAUAAUGAAGAUAAUUUUAUAGAUGAAAUUUCAGAAGCUGAUGAAUUCAUGGAAGAUUUUUUUAACAAAAAAACUAACAAUUAA